UAAAAAUGUUGUGUUGCUGACGAGACGCUGGUGGAGAUGCGGAAGUAGACGGUUAUAACAAUUAGCCACCUUGCUAGCUAAUUAUUUACUUAACUGAACAUUUACUUGAUAAAGACAACGAUAAAUAGGUCCUGAAUUGAAUGAUAUAUCCUUUGAUACGUAUUUGUUGGUGAAACCUACAUAUUUCCUCGCUCAACCAGGAGGGAAUUUGAAAACAAUCGAACGUGUGUAGGAGGAAGGUCCUGAUGGCAGACCACACUGAUGUCAGCCUGCCCCCUGAGGACCGUGUCCGUGCCCUGACCAAGAAGGGCAGCUCUGUGGACGUGAACGAGGACGUUCCUCCCCGGAGGUACUUCAGGUCAGGCGUGGAGAUGAUCCGCAUGGCCAACACCUACACCGAGGAGGGCAACGCCGAGCACGCCUUCGUACUCUACAACAAGUACAUCACGCUCUUCAUUGAGAAGCUUCCUAAACAUAGAGAUUACAAAACAGCCAACAUUCCAGAGAAGAAGGACACCUUGAAGAGGCUGAAGGAGGUGGCCUUCCCUCAAGCAGAGGUGCUGAAGAAGGCUCUUCUCAAGAUAUAUGAGCAGGAGCAUGCACAGUAUCUCAUCAAAAAGAAAGCGGAGGAGGCAGCCUUGGCGCAGCAGCAGUCGAAGCAGCAGGCGCUAGAAGCAGAGAGGGAGCGUGUGGUGGAACUGCAGCGACGCCAACGGGAACAAGAGCAGUUCAGCGCCUUCGAGGAGAUGAUCAGACGGCAGGAGCUGGAGAAGGAGAGGCAGCGUAUCCUUCAGGAGUUUCAUGCUCCUGGGACCCCUCCCCCCGCUGCACCCCUCCUCCCUGGGAUCCAGGGCCCCCCUCUUCCCCUGGCCGUGUCCCCCACCCCCCCUCAGAGCCCGGGGGACAGCGCCGGCCAGGUCAGACCGCUCCCCACCUUCGACCGGACGCUCAAACCUGUGAGCCCUAGUGGGAACAGCAACACCAUGGAUGGGAUGGUGGAUGGCAUCCGGCAGCUGGCAGUGCCCUCAGAGCUCUGCAGCAGCUUCCUCAGGCUAGCUGAGUCCAACACCAGCCGAGCUGUGGAGACCUGUGGCAUCCUCUGUGGCAAACUGCUGAGGAAUGCAUUCACAGUGACCCAUGUGAUCGUGCCGAAGCAGAACGGAGGGCCAGACUACUGUGACACGGAGAACGAAGAGGAGCUGUUCCUGAUCCAGGACCAGUAUGACCUCAUCACCCUGGGCUGGAUACAUACCCACCCCACCCAGACAGCCUUCCUGUCCAGUGUCGAUCUCCACACACACUGUUCCUACCAGCUCAUGAUGCCGGAGGCUAUCGCUAUUGUCUGCUCACCCAGGUUCAACGAGACGGGCUACUUCAGGAUAACAGACCGUGGGAUGGAUGAGAUCUCAACGUGUAAACAGAAAGGUUUCCACCCUCACAGCAAAGACCCUCCUCUCUUCACUGGAGCAGGACACAUCACAGUCACCGAGGACAGAGUCACCAUGUUGGACCUGCGGUGAUCUCCUCUGGACUGGGGAUCUACACACCAAACGCUGGUUGGCUGGCUGACUGACUGUAUUUGUUUAUUAGGAUCCCUAUUUAGCUUUUUAAGAAGCAGCUUAAAGUUGACUGGCUGACCUGCCUGGCCAGCUGACAUCUGGCUGAAUUUGGGGUUGCAUAAUUCUGGUAAUUUUCUUUAAAUUGUUGUAAAAUGACCAGGGUUCCAUGAAUCUUGGUUGGCGAUUUUCCCGGAUUUCCAGGAAUAUCCCAACCAGGAUUUCUGGAUAAUCCGGGAAUUUGGAGAAAGACUGUUAAAAGACAGAGACAUCUUACUUCUAAACCCAUUGUUCUACCCAUCACUACAGACAGUGGGAAUUGUUAAUUUAAGGGACCUCGUGCUCUCACUGUCCUCCGUUGAACUAAAGCAGACCGCUUCUCGUAGGGGGAAGGACAACUCUCCUGGGUCCACUCCCACUUUUCUGUCUUAGUCUUUAUUUCAAAACUGAGUUUUAUUCCAGAGGUGACUAUCACUCCAUAAAGCUCUGCUAGGCUUGCUGCCAACAGUCCGUUUAUGAUUUCAUAUCCUUUUUGAUGGUUUUCUGCUUCCUUUUUUUCUCAGAGCUUACCUGUCUCAGACUGGCUACCUGUCUCAGACUGGCUACCUGUCUCAGACUGGCUACCUGUCUCAGACUGGCUACCUGUCUCAGACUGGCUACCUGUCUCAGACUGGCUACCUGUCUCGGACUGGCUACCUGUCUCGGACUGGCUACCUGUCUCGGACUGGCUACCUGUCUCGGGCUGGCUACCUGUCUCGGACUGGCUACCUGUCUCGGACUGGCUACCUGUCUCGGACUGGCUACCUGUCUCGGACUGGCUACCUGUCUCGGGCUGGCUACCUGU